GCAUUUCAUACAAACAUCGUCAUAAUACUCAAGUUCCUAGUUGUCUAGUUUUAGCAUAUAGUGUUUAUUUAUAUAGCUUUUUUAAAUAAAAGACAUUAGCAUCAUAAAUUUUGCAAUUUGUAAAGGCUUUACAAUGAUUCGCAGUUUUAAGAAAUUUUGACAAUUUCUUUUUUCAGAUAAAGUUGUCAGAUUAUCUUUUGAUAACAAUCAAGAGUUUACAACCAUAUAGUUAAAGUAAGAAUAAUUGGUGAUAUAUGACGGUGUAUCAACAAUGAUUACCAGGACUUUAGUCAUAGUAUCACAUUUGAUCAUAUAUAUCCUAUCGUUGCAUUCAGGUAAUACUGUGGCUGAAACAUCGAUAGGGAUCAACACCAUUGCGAAUGAUCAUCUGUCAGCAUCAAGUGUAUCAUCAUCAUCCUAUACUUCAUAUACCACAUUUUCAAACAUACCAUCAUCGCUGUCAUCUGAUGAUAGCAAUACGAUAUCCAUAUCUUCCCACUCCGAAGUGUCUCAUUCAACAUCAACAACAUCUUCAUCCACCAGCAUUACGUCGGAGUCUAGCAUAAUAAGUUCGAACACACCAUUAUCCAGUAAAUCUCUGGAAAGUUCAAUCACAUACACUGAGUCAACAAGAUCUACACCGGUACAAGAAUCCAGUGUUUUACUUUCCUCAUCAUCACCAUCAUCAUCACUAACUUCUAGCAGCAGUUCUUCACCCAAUACCGUAUCUUAUAACACUAUAAUUUCAGUUUCUAGUUCAGUUUCUAAUUCAGUUUCAAGUCCAGUUUCAGUUUUAAGCAGCUCAUUACAAAAUUCAUCCAACACUCAUACCAUAAAAUCAUCUUCUCAAGCAUCAGCUUCAAAAAAUACUACUAACUCAUCAAUUUCAAAUUCGAGUUCAGUUUCUAAUUCAAGCUCCCUCAAAAGCAAAUCUUUCAGUUCAUCUGAAGUUUCAAGUGUUCAUAGUUCAAUACCUAUCUCAUCCAAUACAGUACAAAGUUCUGCAGGCAGUUCUUCGACAUCUUCACUGGUUAUAAGCUCAAAUUCAUCAGUUGUGUCAGGUAAUGAUGUUUCUCUGAUAAAAACUAACGUCGAAAAUCCACCACCAAACAAAGUAUCUCCAGAACUUGAUGAGAUUAUUGAAAGUAGUUCCAUUAACAGUAAAACUCCAGAAAAAGUAGAGUCAUCAACCAAGUCUGCUGCUACUCCAGUUAAGGUAGUUUCCAUAGAAUAUCUCACUGUUCCAGAACCAAGCGUUGAAAGUAAGAUAGAAUUAAUAGAUAAAAAAGACGCAAAGUUGGGAGAAGAUAUCAGCAUCGGUUCGAAUUCAAAAAAGUAUGAUACUAAUGAGACUUUAAGACUGGCAACAAGCUUAAAUGUAUCUAAAGGCAAUGAUUUGAAAAACGUUAGUCAAUCCAGCAUAAAUCAAACGGACAUAAUUGAUGAAUGUCAUUUCAUGUCUUUCGAAGAGUGGAAGAAGAAUAAGGAAGAAUCUGGAAUUAUAGAUCAGAUUUCUAGUCUUAACAAUAGCAAAUCCAAAUCAAUUGAAAUUCCUAAGAAUAAAACAUUACCAAAGGAAGGAAAUAAUAAAAGUAGUAAUCUAACUAAGGAGCAGUCCAAUCAUUCAACAUAUGUUAAUAUUACCCUUGAUGAUCAGGAAGGAAAGGUUUACAAGGAUAGAUUUAAUUAUGCUUCAGUUGAUUGCGCAGCCACCAUUGUCAAGAGUAAUUCUGAAGCGAAAGGAGCUUCAUCCAUCUUAGUGGAAAAUAAAGAUUCAUAUUUAUUAAAUCAAUGUUCGUCGCCUAAUAAAUUUGUGGUGAUUGAAUUAUGUGAAGAUAUUUUAGUUGAAUCUGUUGUGAUGGGAAAUUUUGAAUUUUUUAGUUCAAUGUUUAAAGAUAUAAAAGUAUCGGUGAGUGAUAGAUUCCCAACUACAAAUUGGAAGGUAUUAGGUGAAUUUGAAGCCCAGAAUGUUCGUGAUAUUCAAAGUUUUAAAAUCGAUAAUCCAUUGAUUUGGGCUCGUUAUUUAAAAUUAGAAAUAUUAAGUCAUUAUGGAAGUGAGUUUUAUUGUCCAAUUUCAUUGGUUAGAGUUCAUGGGAAAACCAUGAUGGAAGAAUUUAAAGAAGAAGAAGCUGAAAAAGAAAGACUCGAGCAAGAGCAAGAACAAGAGAUUGUGGUUCAUACUCAAGCCAUUGAAGAAAUGACUAAUGAAAAGUUACUGGAAGAAUGUAGGGUUAUCUUACCUCAUCUUGAUUUGAAUAAUUUCUUACAAGAAUUAAAUUCUACUAAUCAGUACUGUGAAGUAAUAUCAGUAUCAGAACCGGAACCUUCAUCGCAAAUUGCUCAGACUAAAACGGAGGAGUCCAUUUAUAAGAAUAUCAUGAAGAGAUUGUCAUUACUAGAGUCAAAUGCUACCUUAUCUUUGCUAUAUAUAGAGGAACAAAGUAAAUUAUUAUCAACUGCAUUUUCAAAUUUGGAAAGACGUCAACUGAAUAACUUUGAAUCAUUAAUUGAAUCGGUUAAUUCCACUAUUUAUGAUCAAUUAUUGAAUUUUAAAAGUUCAUAUAUGAACUUACAUAAGGAUUAUACCAAAUUAUUUAAACUUCAAGAAUCGCAUCAUGAUGCUUUGUUGAAAGAAACAAAAUCUAAGAUGGCUAGUAUUGGAACCGAGUUGACAUUUCAAAAACGAGUAACAAUAUUUAAUAGUGUUAUCAUCAUAUGUCUUCUAGUUUAUGUUAUUGUCACCCGAGAUGUUUAUGGUGAACAAAUAGCUGAAGUGAAUGAUAAAGCCCAGAGUACUCAUAAACAAAUUUCUGUUCCAAGAGCGAGAUCAACUGGAGUUUUAGUUCCCAAGGUUAAACAACACGUAAGAUCGAAGAAGAAACAUUCAUAGCCGCUAUGUACAAAUUUAUUUAUUGCUUUGUUUUCUAUGUACUGCUAAUAUACGAGUUUA